CCUCCUUUAUCCCUCCUUCCUUCAUAUCAUGUGUCGUGUGGCUGCAUGCGGCUCUCAGUACUGUGGAAUAUGGAGCGUUUAACUGGUGUGUGGAGUUGGGUGCUGUUGUUGUUUAUGAGUUUUGGAGCAACGUUGUGUCAGACAACCAACUACACCAGGCCUGAGUUUAACUGCGGAGGUGAUCUGAAUGGAGAGUCCGGCUUUGUAGGAAGCGAAGGUUUCCCGUCAUACUACAAACCUAACAGCAAAUGCACUUGGUACAUUACAGUCCCCGAGGGUAAUGUGGUCAUGCUCUCCUUCAGGGUUUUUGAUUUGGAGGCUGACUCUCUUUGUCGCUAUGACUAUGUGGAUGUGUAUAAUGGACACUCUAACAUGGUACAGAAGCUCGGGCGCUUCUGUGGAACGUUCAGACCUGGGGCUCUUAUCUCCACAUCCAACGUCAUGAUGUUAGAGAUGGUGUCCGAUUCAGGGACAGGUGGAAGAGGGUUCGUGGCCAGCUUCAGUGGAGUAAAGCCACAUGUUGAUGAUGUACAGUUUUGUGGUGGGAAGCUCACAAAGUCUCAGGGCACAAUCAAAACUCCAAACUGGCCCGAGAAGAAUUAUCCAGCAGGCAUCAGCUGUUCCUGGCUUAUCACAGUGGAACCAGAAAUGGUGAUCGAGGUGAAGUUUGACAAGUUUGAUGUGGAGUCUGACAAUUAUUGCCGCUUUGACUAUGUAACGUUUUAUAACGGAGGAGAAAAAGAUGACUCGCGACGCAUCGGAAAAUACUGCGGAGACACUGCACCUCAGAAUAUUGUAACCAACAGUAAUGUGCUAUUGGUCCAGUUUGUGUCUGACCUUAGUGUGACGUCCGAUGGAUUCAUGGCCACGUACUACAGUAUCCCACGUGGCCAGCGCACUCCAACUGAAGGAGGUGAUGUUAUGUCAGGACCUAGAGUGACAUCCACACUCACAAGACCCCGUAUCACCCCGGUUAAACCAGUGAAACCUGUUGUCGUGACAACAGAAGCACCAACCACAACAACAACAACAACCACUACUACAAAGAUGCCAGAGCAGCGAAAGCCACGACCCAAACCUGUCCAACCCAAGAAACCUGCAAGACCGUCAGUUCGUGAACCGGAACCUGAUGAGCCCAAACCAGCUGCAGACAUAAACCCCUUGUGUCCCAAGGCAUGUAAAAGAGAGAGUUCCAUCAAGACCAGCUUCUGUGCUAGUGAAUUUGUAAUCACCGGUAAAAUGACAGCAAUGAGCCCUGGACCUAAUGGAAGCCUGCAUGCAACCGUUUCCUUAAUUAAGGCCUAUAAGACCGGUAGCCUUACAAUCACCCAAGCUGGCGAGACCAUGUCUGUCAAACUCAUGCUAACCUGCAGGAAAUGUCCACUGCUGCGCAGAGGUCAAAACUACAUCCUGAUGGGUCAGGUGGACGAGGAUGGGCGUGGCAUACUCAGUCCCGGCAGUUUUACAGCCUUGUACAAAGCCACCCAUCAAAAGUUAUUGACCAACAUCAACAACCAACCAUGCUGAUGGCAAAGAUCAGAUGAUGGCAGUAGAUGAAAGCAAUCAAUCACUAUAGAUAGACAGUAAACAGGCCAAAUUGAUCACAGCGGUCUGAAUAUUAAGAGAUGUUUUUUGGCAUUGUACUAUAAUGCUCAGGAAGUUAUAUUCUCAGACAGUAUUUCAUUUUCAUUUUAAUUCAAACCAUGCUGCAUUUAAAGCUCAGAACUGAAUUCUACUUUUUCUAAAAAGUUAAUUGUUCAAUUUAUUCACUCCGAGAUGUCACAAAAUAUAUUUGUAAUUUAUGAUGAUGUCUUCAAAUACAGGAUUUAUAUAACA